AAGUUUCCUUUUACAAAAAUAACAAGGCCGGUGUGAAUCAUAACAUAACAUAGACCGAUAAAUUUAACGCUGCUCCAUUUAAACUCUAAAGAUAAACACAACUGACCAGCAAACCAGGUGCUUUAUGUGGGCAUGUAUGUGCCUCCCUUCCAACCCUCUCUUCAACUAAGAUCAAUAAUCCUAACUGAAGGGAGACAGUAGCUGUAUUCAGUGAGAAGGGGUGCGUGAAUCAAGCCAUUCUAUAGGUAAAGCCUGUUGCUGCUACCCACAUUUUACCAACGUCAUCCCGCGGAACGUCGUGUGCUACAUUAAAGACGGCAACAUAUUAAACAUUGUCUAUCAUAAGACAGAUUAACUGACGCUAUAUAAGAUUCAGUGAUGUGCUGUGGACAUAUCGAGGGAUUAUGGAUAGACUGGCUAAUUGGACUCGUGUAAACGUAACGGUCCCCACGCCUAUCGCCGGACAAAACUGUGUGUCAACCUCGUCGAAUUCUGCAAUUCUAGACAAAUCACUGGUCACUGCUCCGUCGUGGGGUUCGGUACAACAAGACUUGAAAUGGAUGUUCCUAUUGCAUUCGUACGGUUUUGCAUGCCUCUUCUUCGUACUUGGGUUUUAUACACUCUUCUCUAUUCUAAAUUUAAGAUCUCUCAUAUCAAGCCGACCGUUCAUGUCCACGAUUAAUAUAUUCCUAUGUUUACUUGGAGCGUCGCGAGCCGCUUGCCUGUUCAUAGAUCCAUACAAUCUGAAGGAGACGAUGCCAAAGGUCAUCGGAUCGAUCAUAUGGGACAUUGGAUAUCCGUGCAUCACGUCUGCCUUCUGCCUGAUACAAUUGGCAUUCCUUCAACUGACGAAGCUAAAAUUCGGUCCGGAGAAGAUACAGAAAGAAUCCUGCCUCAGUCUCAUCAUAACGGCGCAUUUCUUCUUCAUCAUCGCCAGCGACAUCACUCUGUCCUCCCAUAAUUGCUACAUGGCGAAAUACGUGGUUCAAGCGGCAUUUCUCGUAUGGAGCAUCUUUCUAUAUCUCGCGUUCCUGCACGCAGCUUACAAAGUCGAUCAUCUACUUCGUACCAUGCCAAGCAGUAUGUUAACACGGGAUAAUAUCAAUGCACAUCAAAAAGGUAUCAUGCAGCUCGCGAUAUUGGCACCGUAUAGCAAUUUAGCAACUUCAGUCGCUGCCGCGCUAGUACCCACCUUACUUGGCCCCAAGAUGAAGAGCCCGGAGGAAAGUGAACCCACGAACGCGAAUAAAAGCGCGGAAGAGGCAACCGCGGAAGAAGAAUCACGGAUCACGACCAAAGUAUAUAAAAUAGAGGAAUCAGUGCGAAAGGAAACGAAUCGUGUUACGAUUGUACCCACGUGCACCGUACAAUCUCCAUCGCAAGAACAGAAAUCGGCAGUGCCGGAGGUUUAUGUGAGACCACCCACUCCCACCCCGUCGACCGCUAAUUUGCCGAUUAUAACUGUGUCUAGUCCGAGUCGCAGAAGCUCAAUGGCCAGCCGACGAGGCAGCGACACAUCCAACAGAUCAUCCCGCAGAAAUUCAGAGUGUAGCGUCAGAUUCGUAAACGAGGACGAUACUUCUCCGAUCACAGAAGGUAGCCCCAGACGCAUGACGGAAGGUAGCCCCAGAUAUUUGCCGAGGAUGCGAGUAGACGAACCACUCGAGAGAAGCCGCUCGCCCGAAAACGUAUCGCGACGAUAUUCGGAGAAUAUCACGCCGUCGGGCAGCACCAGGGAACUGAGACGUUGUUCCGAUUUCACCCAUGAGAAAAAUCGCGGCUCGCAGUUCGCGACUAAGCUCAGGAGGAACAGCGAUUUCGGUAACCGGACACCUAGAAGAAUGUUACCGCCUGAAACUGAACAUGUUAGAUUGCCUAAAGUUUUGGAUCUCAGCCCUGUAGGUUCAAGACGCAAUUCCGAUAUUGGUAGCUUUGCAUCGUCUCGACCUGAUUCGCGUAGAAAUUCCGAGAGUUGUUACCGACGUAACUCCGAAUUCGUUCAUAUUAAGCCGUUAAUUAUAAAUCGUCGAAGUAGCGAUAUUAGCAUCAAAACUCUGGACAGAAGUCCCACACAUUUUCAGAGUAUAGUACCUGUAAAGAUGGAGACGCAGGAGAAAUCCGAAUCAGAUUCGGAUCAACCUGAUUGCAGUGAGAAAGCGGCGCUGAUGAAGAAUAACUUGAAGAGCAAGGAUGAAGAGACGAAAGCGCGCAAAAAGAAUCUAUCAUGGAAUGACAAAAGCAUUGAAGAUCCGGAGAAUAUCACAGCGGAGACUAAUUUGCUUCCCGAAACGCCUAACGAAGCAAGAGUUAUGGGCACGGAUUUUACUCUUCACUCGAUACUGAAUCAUAUUGCAUAUGUGAACCGAGCAAAAUCCGACACGCCGUUGCAUAUACCGGAAGCGGACACCGCGGCUGCCAGAAAGUCUCAGGUGCGAAGAGUAUUAAAUGUCACGCGUGCCACUGCAAUUUUAGGGAUUCUUCUGUGUGUCAUGGACGCUUUUCGUAUUUUUGGACCAUAUGGACUCUUCGCUGAAACUGUACGAUAUGGUGCAGAACCGGCACCGACGCAAUUUCCAAAGCCGUGGCCAUGGCUGUUGUAUCAAACGAUAUCAAGAGCAUUUGAACUUGUGAUGGGCUGCGCCAUGGCGAGUAUAACUAAACAGCCAUCAGUAAGUCCGCGACAUCAAUAUCUGAGUGGUUAUCCUAAUUAUUCCCCACGCGUAAAGCGGGGAAAUAAUCCUUACAUAUGAAGCAAUAGUCUAUUUAGUCGUAAUUCAAAGAAUGAAGAUGCCAAACGACAAUUCUUUUCAUUUAUUUUAUCAGAUUUUAAUAUCAUUUCUUCAAACGAAGAUUAAUAUAUUUUCUGAUGUGAUAUUCCUUGAUUAUUUUAAAUAAUCAAAUUUUACAUAUACGUUUACGUUUAUACAUAUAUUUUAUAUGUAUAUACACAUAUGUACAUAUGUUUUAUACAUAUAUACAUAUAUAUGUAUAUCACUGCAUACACAUCGCGCGCACGCACAUACACAAAUAUAUCGUAUACGAUAUAUCAUAUCUCAAAAUCUCGACUAUGAUUUUUAUAUUUGUUAUUCUCUUUAAUACUCGCUCUAUAAUAAGACCGAAAUAUCUUCAAUCGAAAUGGUAUUAUAUAAGAUUUGAUGAUAUUCUUAUUUUCACACAGAUAUAUAGUCAUAAUCAUGAAUUGGUGGCAAUCUCUAUCAAAGACAGGCAUUGAUAUCAAUACAUGAGAUGAGACAGAGUCUCAUAAAAUGUAUUAAACACAUAGCAAUAGAUCAAUAUAAUAUUUUAUAAACAUGAGACAUGUAUUUAGACAACAUCUGAUAAUUGGUGCAAUAGUAAUAUUUGUAAAAUCCACUUCUCAUGCAAAGUGUUCAUUUGAAGUAUGUAUAUCGCGAAAACAGAUAUCUAUUUUUUACAUUGAAUUAAUAUUUUCUGAUGAAUUAAUUUAAUAACUUUCAUUGUAUUCUUCA